UACGGCAUCGGCAGCAAUUCCACGACCAAAGUUGCUGCCCUUGAGCUGCAUUCACAACUUUUCACCUCCGUCUGAUGCGCCACCAAUAAUUUAGCCGGUCGAUGGGAAGAACACUUUGAGCAAACUUUACAAUCUCCCUGCCGCCAUCAGCUUAGUGAAAUAAACCGAAAGCAAAAUUGUUUCCUAAACAACAGUCUAAUUUGUAGCGUGGAUAAAGAAAACGUUUUUCCGUUGCUUAACGUUAGAAAAUAAGUGUUUGAAGUGUGUUGUCGGACUUUUGAAACCCAUAGUACAAAAAUGAGUGUUUAAGUGAGAAUCAAAUAUUGUGUGUGUUAGACCAAGUGAUCCUGAUUUUCGUCACCGGAAGGAACACCGGCAAAAUGACUGCUAAAAUCCAACAUUCCGGGCAAGUCGUUGGUGGUGCAUGUCCACCAUCCGCGAUUCGUCCAUCAUCACAUUUUCCCGCGCAACGGAAUUCGAUGCUCUCGUCAAGUGCCUCUCUAAAAGAAGUGACGCUGAGCAAACGACGCUCGAUUCUCAUUCUCUCUCUGAUUGCAACUUGUGUGUUUUUGUUUGUGCUCUGUCUCUGUCUACUGAGUGCUUUGGUACUCAUCGGCAAGAAUCUAUCGGCCCAAUCUUCGCCUCCUCUGUUUUCGUCCUAUCUGUUGAGUCGGAUUCCAAUCCUCCCAGACCAAACGUUAUCUGCGGACGACGACGACGCCAACAACAACAAGAGUAAGGCUUCCAAGAGUCUCGAUAGCUUUGAUCGACCAUCAUCGUUUGACCAAGAUAACUUGGACAGCGCUGUGGACAACAAUCGGACGGCCAUUUUUCUGCCAAAUUCAGUCUUCACCGGGACAACAGUGGGAAUGAACGUGCUGAAAAUGGGAGCAUCUGAAAUCGUCAAAAAGUUAUCUUUCCGUCUGCCCCGGCACAUCAAGCCGAAGCACUAUGACUUACUGAUGAAUCCCGAUCUGGAACAGGGAACAUUUACCGGUCAGGUAAGGAUCAAUAUCACCAUAAGUGAGCCGACCGACUACGUAGUGCUACAUAGCAACAAGCUGGCCAUCACCGAUACGUUCCUAAACCGGGUGCUUCCGAACAAAAGCGAAACAAAGGUGCAGAUUAAAAAAGCCUACGCGUAUGAUACCCAUCAGUAUUGGGUAGUUGAAACCGAGUCUAUCGACAGCGGAGAGUAUCGGCUCGGGUUGGACUUCGAAGGGAAUCUUACGAACCAGAUUGUGGGAUUCUAUAGCAGCACCUAUCGGGACAAGGGAAGCAACGCAACCAGAAAAAUUGCAACCUCAAAGUUCGAACCGACUUUUGCCCGGCAAGCGUUCCCUUGCUUCGAUGAGCCGCAACUUAAGGCAACCUACGCCAUCAGCUUGGUCUAUCCGAGCUCCAACGGUUACCAUGCGCUGUCAAAUAUGGACCUAAGAAACACGCUGCAGAAUAGCCCAGCUACGGGACUCAAUACAGCUGUGUUCAACCCGAGCGUUCCCAUGAGCACUUACCUGGUGGUGUUCAUUGUCAGUGAUUUCUUGGACGAACGCGUUACCAUCCGUCCAAAAAUUGGUGAACCAUUUGAGCUGCGUGUCUUUGCUACACCUUUCCAGAUGAAUAACGUCAGGUUUGCGCGAGAUACUGCCGAGAAAAUUAUCCAACAUUAUAUCGAAUAUUUCGACAUCCCGUAUCCUUUGCCGAAACUGGAUAUGGCUGCGAUCCCGGAUUUUGUUUCUGGAGCCAUGGAAACUUGGGGUUUGGUAACGUACAGAGAGACCAGUAUUCUUUACAAUGCGGAAACAAGCUCAACCCAGAACAAACAGCGAGUGGCCGAGGUUAUCGCCCAUGAGCUGGCCCACAUGUGGUUCGGUAACUUAGUUACCAUGAAGUGGUGGAAUGAGCUGUGGCUAAAUGAGGGUUUCGCCAGUUACAUCGAAUACAAGGGCGUGCAUGCUGCCUACGAGAAGUGGGGAAUUAUGGAACAGUUCACAAUCGAUAACUUGCAUGGAGUUCUUACGUUGGAUGCGACAAUCGGUUCGCAUCCGAUUGUGGUGAAGGUGGAAAAUCCUCAUCAGAUUACCGAGAUCUUUGAUACUAUAACAUACUCAAAGGGUGCAUCCGUUAUCCGAAUGUUGGAAGAUUUUGUUUCGGAGCCAAUCUUCAAGCGGGGUGUGACUGCCUACUUGAACAAACUUCAAUACAAUAAUGGAGUAUCCGAUGAUUUGAUGGAAGAGUUGGAUAAAAUAUUCACCGAUGCCACUCAGUCAGGCGCCACGGUUGCCAAGGUUAUGGACACAUUCACCAAACAGAAAGGUUUUCCAGUUAUCACUGUCCGCCGUGUCGGUAACCAGUUCCGAUUGACACAAGAGCGCUUCCUGGCGGAUCCGAAUGCGAAGGAAACCGAAACAUCACCGUUUGACUACAAGUGGUUCGUUCCACUCACUUACGUCUUGUCCAACAAUGCUGCCAACGAACAACGCAAAUGGUUCCCGAAUACGGAUUCCGAGGUGUCCAUCGAUGUGCCCGGAAACGAUGCAAAUGCUUGGAUCAAGCUGAACAUGAAACAGGUUGGAUAUUACCGGGUGAACUAUCCCGUUUCAAUGUGGCAACAGUUUAGCAGCCUUCUGAGCAGCAACAUCAACGCUUUUGCUAUCGGUGAUCGUACAGGGCUUUUGAACGAUGCCUUUGCUUUGGCCGAUGCCGGAAGGCUGUCGUACGAUGUGGCUCUGGAACUGACCAAGUUCCUUAAACAGGAAACGGAAUAUGUACCCUGGGCGACUGUGGCCAGCAAGAUGAAGAGCAUUCGAAAUUUGAUUUAUGAUUAUGAUUCGUACUAUGAUAUCAUUUCUUACGUACGGGAGCUGGUAGAAACUGCCUAUGAAACCGUUUCCUGGACGGUGAAUACAAGCGAUGAUGCGGACCACAUGAAAAAUCGUUUGCGUACAACAAUUCUGGACCUUGCCUGCUCCUUUGGUCAUGAGAAAUGUUUACAGGAAGCGGGGAAUCAAUUCCGCAGUUGGCUGGAUCAAGGUACAGUUAUCCAUCCUGAUGUCCGUACUGUUGUUUAUUAUUAUGGUGUGCAACAGUCCGCUAGCAUCCAAGAUUGGCAGAAGGUGAAGGAAAAGUUCCGUAACGAAAAUGAUGCUAACGAAAAAAUUAAACUCAUGAGCGCUUUGGCCGCUUUCCCGGAUGCUAAGGUGCUUCGGGCAUUCUUGGACGAAGCGUGGGACCCGCAGUUGAUCCGUGAACAGGAUCAUCUGAGCUGUGUUCAGAAUGUGGCCGCCAAUAAACACGGCGAGCAGGUGGCCUGGGAUCAUGUUCGUGCGAACUGGGAUCGGUUUGUGGAAAGGUUCACCCUAGGUGAGCGGAACCUUGGACGUAUGAUCCCUUCCAUAACGGGACGAUUUUCUACAAAGGUACGACUGAUGGAGCUGGAAGACUUCUUCAGCCGUAAUCCUGAGGCUGGCGCUGGCGCGACGGCUCGAACACAAGCGUUGGAAAAUAUUUCCAACAACAUCCAGUGGCUGGAGAGAAACCAGAAAAUAAUUGCCGACUGGUUGAAGAAUUCAACCCGUUGAAAAUGUUUUCAAUGUUUUAAGUUUAAGAUAUAAGUAAUUUGAGUUGAGAAAUUGUGAUAUGAAAUAAAAUUUCAAUCAAUUA